AUGCUGCACCAAAUCCUCAGGAAAGAGAAGAAGCAUCCAGGCUUGACCCGCCGCACCCCCCCACUCCUUGUAUCUAUUGGAGCUGGAGGUACUGGAACCAUGCUCUAUGUCUUGCCCCUGGCAUCGUUCAAUCCAGAUGUCUGUUGGGACAAAAAGAAUAACACAGAAUCCUGGAACAAACUGGGUCUCAGUGAUCAAUACAAGUUCUAUUCAAUGAAUGUAGAUUACAGCAAACUGAAGAUAGAAGGUCCAGAUUUCUAA